CUAGGUGGUACCAUUGUCUAUUUAAACUUAGAAAUACAUAUUUUAUCACUUUGGCGCCAUAAUACGUAAGAGAAUCAGGUGUUAAUAUCUUACUAAUCUUUCGCUCGCUGUUGAGUAGCGCACGUUUGUAUCGCAAAAAUUGGUAAAUAGUUUAGUAAAUGUAGUAAUAAAAAAUGAAUGAGAACGGUGAAGCGAAAACCGGAAAAGGAAUAUGUUUAUCUAGAUUAAUUACGAUCAAUGAUCAUCUACGGCUUGCUAGAUUACAGAAGAAGGAAAUUAAUUUCAAAAUUGUUGUCAUAGGCGAUGUUGGUGUAGGGAAAACUUCGAUUAUUCAAAGAUAUACAAGUGCACAGUUUUCAUCAACUCACAAAGCCACAUUAGGAGCGGAUUUUGCCGUAAAGACCCUCGAAUGGGAUGAAGUCACCAGGGUAAAUCUCCAUUUGUGGGACGUAUGCGGACAGGCAAGAUUUGGUUCUUUGACGAGUGUAUUUUACAGACACACUGCAGCGGCGGUGCUAGUUUUUGAUCUUACGCGGCCAGAAACAUACAACAAUAUCGUUAAGUGGUUAAAAGAUCUACGACAAAAAGUGCAAUUACCGGGCGGACUACGAAUUCCCAUAGUGUUAUUUGCAAAUAAAGGAGAUAUAAGCACAGAAACCCUUCCACCUCAAAUCGACGAUUUCUGCAAGGAAAAUGAUAUUCUCUAUUGGUUUAUAACGUCAGCCAAAAGCAAUAUUCAAAUAGAUGAAGCGAUGAUAAAACUGGCAAAUGCGGCUAUGAGAAAUCACGAAAAUUUACAAGUUCCAUUACUCACCGAUGAUGUUAUCAAAUUAUCAGAGGAAACUGUAGACAGUCAAACUCAGAGGAAUUGGAAACCAUGUGCUUUCGUCUAGGUUAUCUUACCACUUGUUCCGGGUGUGACUUAUGAAAUAAUCCAAGAGAAUUUUUUGCUCUCACGUAUUGUAUUUAAAUGUAUGGUUUUUGAAAAUAAAGCAUUAUUGGGUGUUAUGUUAUUACAAACAAAGAUUGCUUACCAUUAUUCUUUUACUAAUUAGUUGCGAUACACCAUUGCAAAAAUAGUGAACAAAAUAUCAAAUAUUAUGAUUACAUCUAAUUAUUCUCUAUUGAUGUAAAUCCGAGACAUAAAACUUGA